AUGACACAUGAGGUAAGUCCGGCAUAUCUAAAAUAUCUAGAAUCUGAACGAAAUAGUAGUCGAUGGUGGCAGUUCUGGAAACCGGGUCCACCGACUAAUCCAUUUGGUACCGGAAAGGGUUUCAAAUUUGAAGACAUGUAUGACGAGCUCGACGACAACGACUUUCGGCGAAACACCGGACCGUUUCAAUUUGAGUACGACUUACCAAUACAGGGACCGCCCAAUUGGGAUCAAUUGUGGCCCGACCAGUCAAUGGUUGGCACAGAUUACCAGCUGGCGAAUGCAAAGGGACUGCCGUUACCCGAUCAACAGCUCAGGUAUGUUAAAGGCCAGACUCCGGACAAUCUGUGGCGUAAUAUUCAGUUUGUUAGCGAACUAGGAUCUGGCGGUUAUGGUUCAGUUUGGGAGAUAACGGCACUAAAAAAUACUGCCCGCAGAGACGGAUAUUUUAAAUGGAGGAAUGUUAGGUUGGCCUGCAAAGUGAUGCGCUUUACUUCAGGCAGUACUUCUAAUUUUCUAAACAGAGUAAAGUCAAUGUUGAUCGAUAUGAAUCGGCUCCGGCAUCUGCGACAUAACAACAUUGUCCAAUUCAUUGACAUUAUAGGUAUACCCGAUUCGCUGACAGGCUUUCCCUAUUCGAGUAUAUUGAUAAUGAUGGACAAAUGCGACGGCGAUCUCAACAGUCUUAUAGUCAGCCGAGCUAUGUCUCAGCAACAAACCAUUGCAUGGCUCCGACAGAUUGCCGAAGCACUACGCUAUCUACAUGUCGAUAAGCGUACGGUUCAUUUGGAUAUCAAACCGGCUAACAUACUGUACCAAACUAAUGGUGGUCAACCGGUUAAUAAAUGGCGAUACAAAUUGGCCGAUUUUGGACUGGCCAUUGCCUAUAAAGAAAAUUCCAGUAUGAAGUCGAAAGUCAAUCGGGGUAGUUUAGUCUACAAAGCACCCGAAAUGUCAGAUCCACCGAUAGCAGUGUACACCCCUUUGUGCGAUGUCUAUUCACUGGGUGCUACUGUGGCGUGUUGUCUACUCAGUCGACAACAGUAUCAUCAGAUAUCAUUUCGCCAACAAUUAGCACAGUUGCACAUCAAUCAGCCCAAUAUGCCGGCCAUAACGUCCGUACUCUACAAUUUGGUCAUCGAUAUGACCCAAGUGUUUGUCCGGCAGAGAGUAACCAUCCAAGAGGUUUGUGACAGAGCGGCACAAUUGUAA